GGAUUGGAGAUUCUGAAGGGCGUUUCUGAGCGGUAGCUGACUUAAUUUUUAUGGGACUGGUCUGUGUUGAGCCCUAUCAUAGUGCUUACCUUGCGCUGUCCUGCUAUCGGUAAGACAAUGUGUCUGGUAUCCACUCUGGUUUGUUCGUGUCUACUAGGACUUUUUUCUCUCAACCCAUAUUGACCACCAUCUAAACUACCGGAACUGACUACCCCGCGGGGUCUUGUUGACCCAUUGUGUCGUUCCUUUUUGACUAUGUGGGAGCACACUACUGGCCUCAUGGUUUCGGACCAAUAGCACGGGCAUAGAGUGCCGGUGUGGUAGGCUUUUACUCUGCUUCAAGGUUUGUGAGUCGGAUUUGAUUACUAUUUGGUAGUUAGUAUCGCGCGAGACAGAGGACCCAAAGGUGGUGUUUCCAGAGGAGUUGCUUCUCUUUGUUCCCUACUUGCAGAUGAAUGUAUGACGUCGUGGGUGAUUUAUGCCCGUAUCGUAGUGAUAUCCAAGUGGUGGACUGUGUCCGGCGAUAGACAGGUUGAUGGCCUCGGCCUAUGUCAUGAGGUUGGUAAAAAGUAUGGAGGGAAAAGUGGGUAUAAAGGCAUCGAUUCCUGUUUAGCCCCCCGUUCACUUUUUUGGCCAUCUGAAUAGCCAAGUCGCAGACAGUGGGUGACGGAACUAGCCUCUCAGAUCUUGCGAGUUUUUAUCCUCUAUCCUAAAGACCUUUCUCCCCCGAAUAACUCCACGCAAAGUGUGCUAGUCAAAAUGGUUGCAAAUGGAGCAGUAAGAGUCACCACUUGCGGGAUCCGGUUCUUCCAGCUCUUGUUCGCUAUCAUCCUCGUCGGCGCAUUAAGUUAUAUGGUAGACCAGUUCCGCGACUUUGGCUUCGGCGGGGUUCCGAGGGAGGUUGUCACUCCGGAAGUCUUUGUGUGUACACCAGGAUCCAGCCCGCCCCCCCUGAACUUCUGAAUACUAACCUAUGGCAGUCAGUUCUGGCCAUCCCCUUCACCGCUUUCUCCAUACUCGCAGUCCUUUCCCUUGACAACACUGGACAAAUAAUUGCCACCUUUCUCGACUUUACUCUUUUCGUCGGAUAUGUGACUUCGGCUGGUUUGCUUAGGCAUAACUUCCACAGACACUCCGGCGAGAAUCCACUUCGUGCCUCGCUGAACAACAUCCGCACUGCCCGUGGGAUCGACGGCCGUGAAGAUCGCAAUGGCGGAUUGGUUAGGCUUGUUUCUGCGUUGGUUUUGAUUCAGCUGUAAGUCCCCUGUGCCGGGCGACAAGUCGGUACGCUUUAAUAACAUUUGUAUAGGUUCCUCUACUUCAUCACCACAGUUCUAUCUAUUUUUAUUGUAUCCAAGAGCGCGUCUAGCUCUGGAAACGCGCCAGCCCACGAGAAGCACUCCCGCUUCUCGUUCUCCAGGAGCUCUCGUGGCUCGGGCGAGGGUCCGGCAGCUCCUGCUAGUACCGUUUGAGCACCCCCCGCCACCACAGCCUAUGGCUCACCCUAGAGCCUGGUACGUAGUUCGUCGACUGAUAUGAAGAGAGCCUCGCCCCUUCUAACUUAUUAUUUUCCUUUGUAUUUUUACUUUUAAGUAAUAUUCUUUUUCAAAUUCUUCAGGAGGAAUUUUACUUUGGGUUGGGUAUUUGAGGGUGGAUGAAUUACGGGAGAUGAAUCUAUGUUUUUGAGCAAUGGAUGAAGGAAUUUUUUCAGGUGUAUUGGGUGGGUUCAAGGGGUGUUUUUGAAUCUUUGGAAUAAUCCAAAGAAAAGGAAGAUGGAUUAUUUAAUAUAGUUUGUGGAAUAAUCUGGAGGAAAAAGUAACUAGUUAACGAAGUGCAUGAAUCAUUCAUACUACGAGUAGACUAUAUUACAAUUUCGUCGGUUUGGCUUAUGAUCGGCACUAAAUACCUGCACUAACCCGUAUGAUACUGGUAGUAAAUUUAAUGGCAAAUGAUCAUACAAAAUCACUCGGGGAUCGUUGGGCUGGGGUGUUGGGAUAAUUGCUUCAAUAUGACGGAAGUCGGGUAGAAAUGAAAUAUUGGGACUCA